CCGACGUCAGCGAAGCAUGAGACCAAAAUGCGCUCCACGCAUCGCCGACAAGAGGUUACAGGCUGUUAUACGUCUUGCACUUCGUCCAUUUACCCUCAGUAACUAUUCUCUUUGAGGGAGUCUAUCUCGCCGUACCUUGAAUUCGUCGAUUAUAAUGACAGUCUCACCAGCUUGCCUUCCCUCCAACUAGCUUGUUCUAGCCGCGCCGCAUACCCUCUUUACCUACUCUCCCAGCACCAGCAUGACUUCCAACGGCCCUCCCCCCUCCAAUUUCCCGCCCUCCAUGGGCCCGGGUGCCCGACCAGUGCAGCCUGGCGAAGGUGGCUCUCGACGGACUGGCCUGGCGGAGCUCAUAAAGAUAAGGUCGAAAUAUGCCGUCUCGGCGGAGUCCGAGAUCCUCCAACUAGGCUACGAGCUCAAUGAUCAGCCGCGACUGUACCGGCUCCCUUACGAAUCUUUGCCAUUGGGCAGUUUUUCCAAAUGGUUAUUAUAUGGAGGCCCCAAGAGGGCGAGGACGACAGGCUCGCAAGUGCUCGACAUCCUUCGCAGGGUGGAAGCCGUGCGCCACGAGCCAGUCUCUCAAAGAGAGGCAGAAGGGAUCGCAUAUCACCUCUCAAGGGCUUCUCUGUACAGGCUGACGGGAGAUGUUGUUGCCUGCGGUUUGGCCGGUGUCAUCGCUUGGAGGAACCGCGAGAAGAUGAAGUUCCCUUUCCUAUCAGCGAAGCCUUUGCAGAGGUAUGACAUUUUCCCAAGCACUUAUAUGCCUCUAGUGCAAGGCCGCUAUGCGCAUAUCUUAUGGCACAUGGUCCGGGUUAAUAUGUGGGCGGGAUUGUUUAUCAUUGGCUUGACGCCAAUCUUCUCGUCCAUGGGCAAUUUUCUGGCGAUGCGCGGAAUCUAUACUGAUGACCGCACUCAUCACCUGGUAGAGGCUUUGAAGGAUCAACUGCGAGCAGUAAAGGAGGAAACGGGACAGCCAGGUAGUGUCCAGCGACGACCGCCACCUAGGCAGGAGGCCCAGACUGAAGGGCAGUACGGCACCUCAGGUAACCAGGAAUACUAUGAGGACAAAGCUGGCGGUGCCCCCGACGCCCCGUUGACCAGUGACUACAGUUGGCGGGCUGAGUCGUCGCAGUCGCAGUGGAUGUCCGCUGGAACGCUAUACCCGGACAACCCAAUGUCUGGCCGGCAAACCCAACGUGACCCUGAGCCUUAUCGUGACGACCGCUCUUUCGGAGCAGACCCAAUUUUUGGCGAUGACGAUGCUUCUCCCGUUGCCGCUGAUGCUUCCGAUAGAGCUGGCACAUCUCAAGACAGACAGGCGAGAGGCAGUUCUUGGGCCCGGAUUCGCAGCGGCAACCGGCCAACCAAUAGCUCUCAGCGAGGAGGAGAAUCGGAGCCGCAAGCCGGCGCGGCCCAAGAAUCAAGCGAUUGGUGGAGGAACAGAGAAUCCUCAACCCAAGGACUAGGACAAACAACGCAGAAAAUGUCCCAGAAGGAGUUCGACGAGAUGCUCGAGAGGGAGAGAAGGUUGAGUGGGAGCGAUGAGUACAACAGUGGAAUGCGCGCCGUGGAAUCUGCACAGGACAAUGGUGCAGCCACGGACUCAAGCUCAGGGACGAGUGCCUGGGGCGGCAGAAGAAAUUGGUAGUUGUCACAGACGGGUCGUUCCUGUUUGGACAACAUGGCGAGGGUAUUCUUGUUGAUCAACCAGGUGUUUUCUUGACUGGCCGCACGUCAGGUCCCGAGCACAACCACGUUCUCCUUGUUUUCCGUUCGAUAUGUCGUGUCCCUGGGACCAUCAAUGUCAUACAGGCUCGGUGGCUGUCGACCUCGAAUGGAGCAGCCAAAUGCCAGCGUUUCUCCUCAGGCUGCACACGAUGCAUAGUGUUAUGCUCGUCUCACAAUCAUUUUGACAACAUCGAUGACUCGAUACCCAUAUAGCAUGAAUCACGGGAAUGUCCAACGCCUUCUUCGGACCGCGGUCGGGCGGUGUUGUACUCACUUCUCUCUUCUCUCGUUUACAGGGAAACUCUGGAUCAGCAAGUCCCAAUGUGUACUACACUUAGUCUCAAAAAAGACGGAAUCACGACCAUGUACUGUAAUAUGAAAUGCUCAGGGAUGAGAACUAUACAAUGGACAUUGGGGACAGUAAAUUAUGGUUUAUUCGUGACUGAACGACAACUAUUUGGCCUGGGUGAAAACCAGGUCGAGGAGAUUGUUGUUGCCAGGGCCCAACAUCACCAGUCGAUGGACAUCCAAUGCAACCAGAAAAGGAAAUAUCGAACCAUAGUCAGUUGAUGAUGUCGGGAAGGUCUAUACAGGGAAUAUUGAAAAGGGGUCUUCUGCUUUGAGCCGCCAUUGCUCCACACUCCGUGCUCUCUUUUUCAUUGCAACAAGCACAUAGCUUUUAUUCAGAAACUCUCAGGUGUUGGAAGAAGGGCAGGCAAGGAAAGGGUUGAGAGUGGCGAGGACCACCAGAGUGCUCGCCCAAGGCCCCCCUGAACCGCAGCAGACCAAGGUAGUAGUCAAAAAGGGUGGAUAGGAUAGAGUCGUAAGGUAAGGCUGCAGCGGUUCAGGGCGUGGUCUCGACGUCUCUCUCAUCCAAUCUCCUCUCCGACCAAGGCGCAUAGCUUGUCGUCGACCUUCUCCGGACUUGGGCUUACCAACUAUGCAGCAGCAGCAUCUCCGUCCUUGCCCUUGCCCUUGUCUCCAUCUUCCGCACCAGCAUCCUUAUCUUCUUCCAGAUCGGGCAUCUCGUCAUCAUCCUCAUCCUCGCCAGCAUCAGCAUCGGCGUCACCACCCAAACCCUCCAAGCCGGCGCCGCCAGCCCCGCCGAGCUUGGAGAAGUCGAUUCCACCGAACCCGCCAUCAUCACCUCCGAGACCACCUCCAAACUGGCUCAGGUAAUCGUCUUCCGGAGCUUCGUUCUGUUCGUCCUCAUCGACCCACUAGAGCAGAAUCAGUAUACUGUCCGCCGCGGUUCAAAAGAGUGGUGUCGGUUUUCUUACCUUGUCAAAGUCCGUCCGCAGCCAAUGGACCUUGGCAGAGUCCUUGAGUAGUCGUGGCCAGUACUCUUCUUUCAGCUCCUUCUUUCUCAGGAUCAUCUGGAUGUUGGCUGGGGUGUGAUGCGUCUUUGAGUUCUCGACGUCGAUCUCGCCGUAGAACUCCAUGUCCAAGUGGUACGUGGUCUUUUUGGUUUCUGACGUGCCGGUGAAGGUGAGGCCCGUGGGCUUCAGGUCCAGCUUGAGCGCAUUGGGCGGCACGUCGGGCACGUUGAUCGUCAGGUAGAUGUAGUUCUUCUCGGGCUCCGAGGAGGACGAGCGUUGAGCCCAUAGAACUGAAGACAUGUCAGUAACUGGCCUUGGGUUGCAGAUCUCGGGGGCACGCUGUUGUGCAAAAGUUGUCCUUACCUUCAGGAGUAGAUUGAG